CACAAGUGAGAAAGUAUAACCUCCAACACGAGGGAUAAACAUACCUACCUAAGUCUAAAUGGUAGGACAAAGUCACACCAAACCUUACCUCACCAAUCGAAGUCAAAAUAUCAUCACCAACCACAACCACAACCUCAACAACAAUAUCCCACUUCUUCAGCUUCACACAAGUCUAAAUCAUCUAUAAAUGUUCCCACUUCGCAUCACCAUCACGACAAGAAAUCUCCUCCACCCCUUGGCCAGCAAACGUGCAUUCAACAACCCCAUUCCUCGUGCAAUUCAUAUCCGACGCAUCGAAUCCAAAAACCUUCACCACCCCCUCCUUCAAGCUCGACCACACAAAAUAACUGGUGGUGCACCAACCCAACACCACAACAAUCCAACCAUGACUAGUUCCGAUUCCAGUUCCACCAUGUAUCAAUUGACAUUCUACGUCCCCACUCAAGACACACAACGUGUUCUUUCCGCAGUCCAUGCCACUGGGGCAGGGACCUGGCCUAAUGAUUCAAAUUCACCAGAGAAAUUCGACAACGUCGCUGACCCUCCUAAAUAUGUCGAAGUGGCUUUCAUUACUCGAGGGACAGGACAAUUUCGACCUACGGAGCAUGCGAAGCCGCAUAUUGGUACUGCGGGGGGAGAGGUCGAGUAUGUGGAUGAGAAUAAAGUCGAGAUGGUGGUGAUGGGAACGGAGGUGAUGAGGAAGGCUGUGGAGGCGUUGAAGGAGACCCAUCCGUAUGAAGUAGUGGCGUUUUUUGUUACGAGGUGUGAGAGCGUUUGAAGCAUAGGGAUCAAUGAGUGGUUGAGGGAUGGAGGAUGGAUUUCUCGAUCAUGGGUUAAGGAGGAUGGGGUCAUGGAUCAGAGAUUAAGAAUGCGUAGAUGCUAAUACAUAUGUAAAUAGCUCUCAUUCAUACUAUAUUGCAUUCAGACGAUGGUAUUUCUAAAUCAUAUGGAACAG